AAUAGCAAUAAGUAGAAAAUGGUGAUAUUGGAUUUAUUAAGAAAUAUGAAUGGAAGAAUAAUAGGGUCAGGAAAAGAAACAAUAAUUCUAGCACAUGGAUAUGGAGGAGAUCAGUCAAUUUGGGAUAAAAUAUUGCCCAAAUUAUGCGAGUCUUACAAGAUUGUUUUGUUUGACUGGUGUUUUUCUGGUGCUAAUCUAUUAAAACAUCAUUUUGAUGCUGAAAAAUACUCUUCCUAUGAACCUUUUGCUGAUGACUUGAUAGCUCUUGUUGAUGAAAUGAAGUUGGAAUCUUUUAUAUUUGUUGGUCAUUCCAUGUCUGGCAUCAUUGGUUGCAUUGCUUCUAUCAAAAGACCAACACUCUUUAAAAGACUCAUCCUUGUUUCAUCUUCUCCAAGGUUCAUUAACGUGGAAGAUUACGAGGGAGGUUUCGACAUAGCAGAGAUGGAAGAGAUGUUUAGAAACAUUGAGGAAAAGUAUGAUGUUUGGAGUACAAAUUUUGCUAUUAUAGCUGUGGAUCCAAGUGAUCCUCCUUCUGUUGACAAAUUUGAUAAAUGCUUGAAAAGAAUGGGGGUUGAAAUUGCAUUACCUUUAGCCAAAAGUGUUUUCCUAAGUGAUUAUAGACACAUUCUUGAUAAGGUGAUUACCCCAUGUACCAUAAUUCAAACCAAGGUUGAUUUUGCUGUUCCAAACUCGGUUCCCACCUUCAUGCACAACACUAUCAAGGGAGAAUCCACUGUUGAGAUCAUCAACACUAAUGGCCAUUUCCCGCAGCUCACUGCUCAUCAAGAAUUCCUUAAUGUAAUUCAUAGAGUCUUAGCUUCUUAGAACAA